GAUUAGGUGUUUAGGUCAGAUGGGAUGCUAGCAGUGCGAGAAGGAUAACAGCAAUCGGAAAAUGCAUCUGUCAGGUUCAGUGAUUUGUCUCCCACACUUCAACUGAACGUUUCGUGGCCUAUGACAGGGAGGAGUGAAAGGCUUUCACCAUGCCUAGCUCCCUCCUGUGGGCCGUGGACGUUUACGGCCGCGUGUACAGCCUGUCCACAGCGGGUCAGCAGUGGGAACAGUGCCGCGACGCGCACCUGGAGUUCAAGCGCGCCACAGCCGUGCGUCAGUGCUGCUGGGGUAUCGCCUGCGACCACAACAUCUACCUGAACGUCCACGCCAGCGACCUGCCCAUCCGCUAUCAGGAGGAGACCUAUGAGAACCAGAGGUGGAACCCUGUGGAUGGAUUCUCCGAUCGUCUGUUGCCAAGCGACCGCUGGCAGUGGAGUGAUAUCACCGGGCUCCAGCACCAGCCUCUGGAUGGUUUCCAGCUGCCCUCGGAAAACUGGGAGUGGGAAGCCGACUGGUAUGCGGACGAGAACAUUGGUGGAGAGCCCACUGACAAAGGGGGCUGGACGUACGCCAUAGACUUCCCCGCCACCUACACCAAAGACAAGAAGUGGAACUCGUGCGUCCGGCGCCGCCGAUGGCUCCGCUACAGGAGAUACAAAGCCAGGGACACCUGGGCCAAGAUUCCGUCCGAGGAGGCUGGCCCGCUGCCUGACCCGUUUAACGACAUCAGCUGCGGUGGCUGGGAGGUCAACGAGGAGCCAGCCGGCCGUCUCUCUCUCUGGGCCGUCUCUCUGCAGGGCAAGGUAUGGUUUCGGGAUGGAAUCCAGCACGACAAUCCAGAAGGUUCCGCGUGGGAGGAGGUGAUCAUUCCGGGAGAGGUGGUUCAGAUCAGCUGCGGGCCGGCAGACUUGGUGUGGGCCGUGCUGUGGGAGGGACAGCUGCUGGUCAGAGAAGGCAUCGGCCGCGACUGCCCCAAAGGGAGCUCUUGGGUGGUGGUGGAUUCCCCCAGCCCUGAGGUUGGAGCCAUACAUGUAGCCGUGGGGGUGAACGUGGUGUGGGCCAUCACAAAGGAUCACAAAGUGUGGUUCAGGAGGGGCGUCAACUCCCAUAAUCCCUGCGGCUCGGGCUGGAUUGGCAUGGUGGGGGAGAUGGUGAUGAUUAACGUGGGCCUCAAUGACCAGGUGUGGGGCAUCAGUUGUGAGGACCGGGCGGUGUACUUCCGUCAGGGCGUGACGAGCAGCGAGCUGAGCGGGAAGACGUGGAAGGCCGUGUCCGUCCCGCGCGACACUGACCGCUCCCACUCCAGCGCCAGCACGGGCAGCAUGCACAGUGCCGGCUGUUUCUUUGGGGGAGAGGUGCGGCUCCAGUCCCAGGGGUCAGUCCUGAGCGACGUGGACUCAGACACGGAGCGAGCCCCAGCGGGAGGAACCCUCUCGGACCCAGGAGCUCCCGCUGCCGCCGCCGGUGCUGCUGCCGCCGGUGCUGCUGCUGCCGCCACUCCCGCCAUUUUGUCCACCAGCGACGUGGACGCGGACGUCCCCAAGCCCCGCAUUCCCAAAGUGACCAGCGAUAGCUUCAUCUCGGAGCUGGUGUCGGACCGCGAGGGCCAGGUGGGUCGGCGCGACGGGCCCCCCACCACCGGCCCGUCCAUCCCAGAGGAGGAGGUGUCGCUGGCGUCCGCCGAGGCGGGGGACGCGGAGGUCAAGCCCCCCCCGGCCCUGGUGCUCUCCCCCAGCCAGGCCAGCGGCCUGCAGGGCCCCCAGUGGAGCAACGUGGACCUGGAGGAGGCCCAGACGCACCUGGCCGUGGGGCCGCCGCCGGAGGCCGCCGACACCUGCAGCCUGUCGUCCGUGGCCACCUACCACCUGGGCCUGGAGGAGCUGUACGGGCCCGACGAGCACCCGCUCUGGGCCUGGGUCAGCGGGGGAGGCUGCGACGUGGACUCACACUCCCAGCUGCACUGGUUCAACAACGCCACAGCUAUGAACUCGUCUGUCCAGUCCAUGUCCUUGUCCAUCACGCCUGCGCAGUCGGCUGCGUGGCGCAAGCAGAUCUUUGAGCAGCUCAGCGAGAGGUCCAAGAGGGAGAUGGAGAACUUCAGGCACUACGAGCAGGCCAUCGAACAGUCGGUGUGGGUGAAGAAGGGCUCCAUGCAGUGGUGGAGAGACUGGAAGCCUCACAAGUGGACGGACGUGCGUUUCGCUCUGGAGCAGUUCUCUGGUGCCGAGGGCAACAAAGAUGGCAUCCUCUUCAUAUACUACACCUUCAACGACGAGAAGAAGUAUCUGCAUGCGUUUGUCAACGAGGUGACCAUCCUGGUGCCCGUGCUCAACGACGCCAAGCACACCUUUGCCAUCUACACGGCGGAGAGGACCAAGCAGAGGUGGCCCAUCCGCCUGGCCGCGCCCACAGAGCUGGAGAUGCACGACUGGCUGGCCCUCCUCAGUGUGUCCUGCUGCGACUCCCGAGGGAUCCACGGUCCGCCCUCCAAGCAGGCCAUCUGGUCCGUCACCUGCAAGGGGGACAUCUUCGUCAGCGAGCCCACGCCAGAGCUGGAGGCCUCUCCCUAUCCCAUGCCCUGUGAUCAGAUGUUCUGGCGUCAGGUGGGGGGUCACCUGCGCAUCAUCGAGUGCAACAGUCUGGGUGUAGUCUGGGGCAUCGGCUACGACCACACCGCCUGGGUCUACACAGGAGGCUACGGAGGGGGAUUCUUCCAGGGGCUUGCCAGCAGCACCGACAACAUCCACACACAGACGGACGUCAAGAGCGUCUACAUCUACGAGAACCAGCGAUGGAACCCCGUCACCGGAUACACUAACAAGGGUCUCCCUACUGACCGGUACAUGUGGAGUGAUGCGUCAGGCCUGCACGAGUGCACCAAGGCCAACACCAAGCCCCCCUCCCCCCACUGGACCUGGGUGAGUGAGUGGGCUACUGACUACAGUGUCUCAGGAGGGACAGACAGAGAGGGCUGGCAGUAUGCGGCGGAUUUCCCAGCGUCAUACCAUGGACACAAAACCUUGAAGGACUUUGUGCGCCGGAGGCGCUGGGCCAGGAAGUGUAAACUGGCAACCACUGGGCCCUGGCUGGAAGUCCCGCCCAUCCCCCUGAGUGACAUCACCAUCCUCCCGUGCGGGCCCCAGAGCUCCCUGGAGCAGGUGCCCCUGUGGGCCAUCAGCAACAAGGGGGACGUGCUGUGCCGCCUGGGGGUCACCACCCAAAGCCCAGCUGGCUCGUCCUGGCUGCACGUGGGCACGGACCAGCCCUUCAAGUCCAUCUCCAUCGGAGGCGUCCACCAGGUGUGGGCCAUCGCCCGCGACGGCUCCACCUUCUACCGGGGCUCCGUGUCCGCGCAGAACCCUGCAGGUGACUGCUGGUACCACAUCCCUCCGCCGGCCAAGCAGAAGCUCAAGCAGGUGUCUGUCGGCAGGACGUCGGUUUACGCUGUUGAUGAGAACGGUAAUCUCUGGUACAGACACGGCCUGACCCCCAGCUACCCUCAAGGCUCCACAUGGGAGCACAUCUCCAACAACGUGCGCAAAGUCUCCGUGGGACCACUGGACCAGGUGUGGAUCAUCGCAGAUAAGGUGCAGGGCAGCCACAGCCUGAGCUGUGGGACGGUGUGCCGACGGCUGGGCGUGCAGCCCAUGGAGCCCAAAGGCCAGUCGUGGGACUACGGCAUCGGGGGCGGUUGGGACCACGUCACGGUGAGGGCCAACUGCACGGAGGCCCAGCGCAUCAGCCUGCCCGCCCCGCACAACGGCCUGGUCCAGCCGACGCCCCCGCGCAGCCCGCUGCCCACGCGCCACCAGGAGGACGAGGUCAACGGCGACGCCGUCGGCUGCUAGACGUCCGCUCCGCACCCCGCCACUCGACGCUUGCUAGCCUGGGGUCGAGCACAUGGUAGCAGGACACCCAUCUCCACCCAUCUCCACCCAUCCUUCUCCAUCCUUCUCCACCUGCCAGUGCCCCUGUCGGUGUCACCCAACACAUCCCCCACUAGCCGCUCCGUGGAGUGAGUGUGUGUGUGCGUAUGCCUGGUGGGUUUAAAGUUUUAAAAGCAUCAAACUCUGUUCGUUUCCAAACUGAAGCUGACCAUUUCUCACUACCACAACAGCAUUAUAAGUACAACUUAGUGAUAGCUACAAACAGUCAUUUUUCACACACACACACACACACACACACACACACACUUGGACACAUCCAUGUGGAUAUUUUCUCUUGUGUGCUGGAGAAAAGCUAAUUAUAUUGGUAACAUAUUUAUUUUCUCACUGGGACAUCCACAUCCAAGUCGUUUACUCCCUGGCUUGACGCGGUCAGGCGACUUCCAUUCAUUCCCCUCUCCAUUCAGAUCAGUCACCUUCCAAACCUGCCCUUCAUCCAGACAGAUCCGUUGAUGGUUUAGUUUUUUUUUCUUUUUUUCUGAUUGUCUUUUAUGAGUAGUUUGGUCUUAUCGUGAUAGUGUUUAUUUCACAUGAAUGUGAUUUUGUGGGCAUUUGUUUUGUUUUGUUUAUUAUGGGGUCAUGCAAUGCAAGACACACAGACAGUAUGACUGGGUUGAAAAGAGAGAUCAAACUAAGGCUUAGAGUGGACGAGUGUAGGGUCAACACCCCUCCAACCGCUCUGCGUGACUGAAGCAUUACACUGCUGUUUUUAGCUACUGUAGCUUCGUGUUUUUUGGCUGUAAGAGCAUUUCAGCUUUCAGUCAGGUCAUUUAAUAUCAUGUUAUGGUGAAGAACUACUGCCGCAAAAGCUUUUGUUUGAUAAGAUGCAGUUACGUGAUGUAGCACUUGACAAUUGAGAGUUUUUGGGGUUUUUGUUGAGGUUUGGAACUCAUGUCUUCCCUUUAGUUUCCUUUUUACUGACACAGGCCCUCUUUCUCUCUCUGUAUCCUUUGCAACAUGACUUGCACUUGCUGUGAGCAGAAUUUGAGAUAUGAAUCUUCAUGCUGCGGUUUGAAGAUGUUUUGAAAGGGUUCAGUUAUCCAUUCAUGGCAGUUAAAAUUGUAGCACACUUCAGGGUGUGUGUGAAAUCUAAAUUUUGUGGCCAGGUAUUUUGGUCCUGAUAGAUAUUAAAGUGAAAGAUGUUAAAUAUGUGUUGUUUAAAUGUAUCAUGUGCAAUGAUUAACUCGUUAAGACACUGUUAAACCUUCUCUCCACUCAGGAAUAUUCUCACUUCCUCAAAACGAAAACCAGUUGCUUAUUGAAAGGCACCUAUUUUCAUUGAUCAGGACCAGAAAAAAAUGGUAGCACAAAUGCUUUUAAAGGGUUCUAAAAGGAUAAAUGUAUUUUUUGCUAUAAAUGUUUUAUUAUUUGAGUGGGCAUUGCGUUGCGACGGCCUAUGUUCUAUUGAGCAUUGUAUAAGGUCAGAUGAAGCUUCUGUAAAAAUUGUGAAAUGUGGAAAAAGUGAAGCGUUUUUUUUUUUUUUUUAAAGCUGAAAUGCAUGAUGGGAAGUCGGGGCAUUAUCUGAAGUGACCGCUGUAAAUACUGAAUCUUGGGCUUUUUUUUUCCUUCUGUGAAUACGUACACAUAAAAAAAGCCAAACAAACGGAGCCACUGAACUUGUGCAGAACUGCUGAGCGAAUGCAAAGUAGAUAAGUUGGCCCUCUGCGCGAUAAAGCUGGGUCACUCCGCGAGCGUGAGCGCACCGCGCUCCUGUCAAAAGUCAGCGGACGAGGCAGAGCCGAGCUGUGACCAUUCAUUCAUCUCCCUUUAACACACGGGGAGACGUAUUAGCACCAUGUUUUGUGAAAUCUGUACACAUUCCAAGCUAAACCUGUGAUAUCGUGCGCACCUCAGAGAGAAGAGGACGUGUCGUAGUUCUCUUCGUUUUAAUCUUAAUUUAUUCCUUCUACAAAUAACAAAGUGGUACAGGGAGGUUGUACUAUGGUUAACACUAGAGUACAGUGUACUUGUGGAACAAUAACAAAAAAAAAAAAAUGUGCAUGGUUUGUGUCUGUUCCAUGGCAGUGUCCUCUCAAUAAAUGUGA